GUUUGCUCCUUGACAACCCUGGCGGGGGUGCGCUGGCUGCGGCCCCGGCUCCGGCCCCCGCGGGAGCAGGCCUCACCAGGUGGAAGGGAGAAAAUGCGUGUAAAGGCACAAAGUGACCACACCCUGCCACCUGGGCCUGCACCUUGUGACCUUCCUCCUCCAACAUUAACGCGGUGGUUUGCACACAGUAGGAACUUGGGAAAUGUUGGUUUGCUGGGCUGAAUGUUUCGAAGUGUGAGUGCUAGUCUAUGAGGAAGGAUAUGGAAGGUUCCCAUCAGUGACGGAGCUGAUCCCUCUGGGAGGGAGAGGCCCCUCUUACUCCUGGUCCCAGCUGAGAGAACCAAGGCCGGGAGCAGUGGGCAGUUGUCUGACCUUCCUUCUGCAGAACUGAGAUGUGAAUCAGACCUGCCGUGGAGGCUGCUCUCGGAACCACCAUGACAAGCUGGUGGCCUGCGGUCUCUCAGAUGCAUUGUAGGCCUUAGAUCGUGGAAAGCUAUGAUUAAGGCUGUGAGUGACUGGGCUCCCCCACCCAUCGAGCCGGCAGAUACAUUUGGCCUAUUUCCCAGAGUCCACUCAUUUCCCCACCCCUCCCACGCACCCUGCCCCUCUUAUGUGUUCUCCAUAACGGCUUCAGAAGCAAAAUAAAAAAUGGUGACUGAGGUCAGUGCCACACAAGAACAGGCUUGGCGACAUGGGGGAGCCCUGCCUGUGCCUCUAGGCAAGGCCGUGAGAGGAACCUGGGAGGGGGAUGGUAAAGGGCACCUGGGAGAGCAAGGCUGUCCCUGGCUUUGUGUGUCACUUGGGGCCAGGUGGCAAGGGGCCAGGCUUCAGCACCUAGCACAUUCGAGUCCCCUGGCGUGGACACACUUACAUUAUUAAAAGGCUCUUUCCAGCCUGACAUGACUUCUCUCAGGCACGUGCUCAUUCACAGGGGAGAUUGAUAAGGUCAUUAGAAUGCCUAGUCCUGCUAUUUUGGGUAGCAUCCUUUCAGCAGGGUUCUCCAACCAUAGCUGAAUGACUGCAUCUGGACUAUAAUAAUACAGUGUCAUAAAAAAUCCUCGUGCCUUUCUGUACUUGAAAACACACCAUCUCCAACCACACAUUUUAACCCUGUAAGUCCCAUCCCUUGUACACAAUAGAAGUAUAUGUAGUAUAGCAAAGGCUAUUUACAGUAAUAAAUCACAGUCCUUAAUAAAGUUGAGCGAGACUUGGCCAAUAAUAAGGUGGUGGUCACAGAGAACAGGCCAAGAGCAGCGCAGAGACCUUGAACAUCUGUAAUCUCCUGCACACGAGGUGGACCUGCAUCAGCUUUCUGAACAUGAGAAGAUGGGAAUCAGUUUCCUGUUUCACGGAGCAGACCAAGGCCUAGCACCCCUUGGGGAAAGACAUUCUCUGCUCCCACCAAGUUGGCAGGGCGUGCUUCCUGAGUCUCCUGGGCGUCCUUAUUGCCAGUGCCGGCACCUUCUGAGAGCCCCACUCUCUCCUCCCGGGAAGGAUCAUGGGAGAAACAGAAGGGAAGAAGGAUGAGGCGGACUAUAAGCGCCUGCAGACCUUCCCUCUGGUCAGGCACUCGGACAUGCCAGAGGAGAUGCGAGUGGAAACCAUGGAGCUGUGUGUCACAGCCUGUGAGAAAUUCUCCAACAACAACGAGAGCGCCGCCAAGAUGAUCAAAGAGACCAUGGACAAGAAGUUCGGCUCCUCCUGGCACGUGGUGAUCGGCGAGGGCUUCGGGUUUGAGAUCACUCACGAGGUGAAGAACCUCCUCUACCUGUACUUCGGGGGCACGCUGGCCGUGUGUGUCUGGAAGUGCUCCUGACACUCUGUCCCCUGCAGGGCUUUGUCCUGCCCCUGCUCUGGGAUGGGGAGCAGCUCCAGGCAGGUCCUGGCUUUUCCAAGGAGUUUGGGGUCUUUUAUUUUUGUCCUUGUGUACCAGUGUCUUGAGCCACGCCAGUGUGAGAAUGAAUUCGCCACUCCCGGCUCUCAGCCCUCCCACUGGGUCCCAAGCUACCGGUGGGGCUGAGGCAGCCCUCUCCCUGUAGGGAGGGUGGGAGUGACAGGGUAGGGAGUGGGUUUCUCCUGAGGACACGCCAUCCUACCUUUCUCCAAGGGUGGCUGUCCCCUGGCAUCCCUGGAGCCCGCUGCCUUCCAUCCCUGUGCUGCUGGGAAAUGCCCACUGUCCUUGUCAUUAGUGGCUAUAUGAAAGUGGCCCCAAGAAGGAGCCUGUCCUCUCAAGGGACACGGGCAGCUUCUUGUCCUCUGGGGAAGUGGUGACCACCCCCCCUGAAGAAGCCCCUUCCCAGCUGGACCCCAGGUGCACAAGCCACCACAUCCCACUGGACCUGCUCUCCCGGCCCGGCCUUGGCUGAGGACCAAGCAGUCCUCCCAUCUCCCCUCCCCGCCCCAGGCUGCAUGACCCUUGUAUGCCGCCUCCACCAACCGCGCAGUCGCAGUCGAGAGCGGGGCCCUCGAGGUGUCACUGAGCCUCGGGUGAGACGCCUGGGCCAGGAGUGCUCUCACCGCAAGGCCGCUUCAGCAGGGAACCUGGCCUGCCGUGGCUUUCAUCAGGGACCGCAUGCCGAUUUGUACUUCGUAUCUCUGCUGGGUUUUCUAUAUUCUUUCUGAGUGUGGGGAGAAGGGUUUAGUAGAAGGGGACGAAUCAUAUUUUACACAGCGGUCUUAUUUAUAUGAAUGUUUUGGUUUUUACAAUUAAAAUGACCAAAAACUGA